AUGUCGUACAUCGAAGACGCACACUACGCUUUGAGCUGCGUCGAAUUUGCGUACCCGCCAUCGUUUCCGAUCUACAGCGCCCCAAUUGACCACGUCAUGCAAUUGCCGUCCAACGACGCCUCUAUGCUGCUCUACGCGUAUCAACCACCGACGUUUUAUGCACCGUCAUCCCCCAUCGACAUCGAGUACCCGCCCGUGGUCUUUUCAGCGCCAACGACGCUCUACCCCCCGUCGCCGCACCUCGAGAAGACCAAGGACAUACCCUCCGUGUGCCUCACGGAUGGCUGCCACGCGCCCAUUCCGUGGCGCCGGGGCCACUGCCGCGACCACGGAGGUGUUAAGAAAUGUGGCCGACCACGUUGCCCCCGCGGCCCCCAGCGCGGUGGUUUUUGCAUCACCCACGGCGGCGGGCGUCGCUGCUCGAUGGAUGGCUGUAUCAAGGCCGUUCAAACCGCCGGCCUCUGCAAGUCUCACGGCGGCGGUAUCCGCUGCGGUGCCGACGGCUGUGACAAGAGCUCGCAAGGCGGUGGCUAUUGCCGAAAACACGGUGGUGGCAAGCGCUGCCAAGCCAUUGCCUGCGACAAGGGCGUGCAGCGAGGCAGCUUUUGCGCCAAGCACGGCGGAUUUCAGUAUUGCAAAGUGGAUGGCUGCCACCGGACGGACCGUGGUGGCGGCUGCUGCGACGUCCAUCGGAAGAACUUGGCGUGCGCCUUCUCCGGCUGCAUGCGCAUGGCGCGCAAGCAAGGCCUCUGCGUAGCCCAUGCAAAGCGGUACGUGACAACGCGCGACGGCGUCGAGCCGCGUGUUGUGGGCGGUCCACAGAUGUCGUCGUCCAACGUCUCGUCGCCACAUAGUGGGUACGAGCACAGCACAGAGUAUGCGAUUUAACCUAUUAGCACUUCCAGUUUCUUCUAAUCGUC